AUGGAGCGUAUGGUGAAUCGCCGUUUGAUGAACCACCUAGAACGCAACGAAAUUCUCAACCACAGACAGUACGCGUUCCGUAAAGGAAAAGGCACCAACUACUACCUAGCAGAUCUCGACGAAGUCAUCACCAAUGCAGCACAAAGAGGAGAGCACUGUGAAAUUGUCGCCCUCGACAUCAGCAAGGCGUACGACCGAGUAUGGCACAGGCACAUCAUGGAAUCCGUCAUCGACUGCGAUCUGGGGACUAACAUGAAUCAGUUCAUCAACAAUUUCCUGCAACAUAGAACGGCAAGGCUUCAUUACCUGUGUGUUGUAGGAACCUACGUUCCUCACUACAACAAUACUGCUGGCAGCAAGAGCGUUGGAUCAACAUCACCCCCUGGAACCGUCCUCUCCCCAUCAAUCGCAUUUGAUACGCUCAUUAGGGAUGACUUCAAGAAGGAAGAGCUGUACAUGAGUACACUCUAUUGGUAA